GUAAUGUGUCGUUCAAGCACCUGCGGUUGAACCUUAUUGUAGCUUCAGUCGCCCUCGCGAUCUGCCGUGUUCCCUAACUGCUUCUCCAUUUGAAACAACAGCGUUGGGGAGCUGCUUAUCACUCCUGCAUACCUGGUCGUUUCUGCUUAUCUGGUCGAUAGCGUCACUCCCUUUUUCACAUUCGAGCUGAUUUUCCUUCGUCGCUCUCUCCCAUGUAGACUUUCGCGUAGUAAAGGCUAAUUUGACAGCUAUCGCUGCCUGUCAUUCCCCUUGAUUCGCCGCUGAAACCAUGCCGAGCCGACCAGGAACAUCCACAAUGGGUGUCGGUAGAACCGGUGCAGGUCGAACGGCUGUCGGAAGGACCGGUUUCAGCAGGACGCACGCUCACCGGCGAGCGUGCCAGCUCAGCACGGAGAUCCACACGCUAUUGGCUGUCAUGCGCCAGAGCUCCAAAUGGGCCGUGUCGCCCAUUUUCCUCGACGAAACUUCCGGCGCGGACGCCGAAGAUCCGCUGCUACGCAAUCUUAAAGACCUAAGGCAGAAGAUCGUCACCGAUUGGUCGGACGACGACUGGGAGGCGGCUCGCGUGCCGCCUUCUGCGUACCUGGUGCCGUUCCUCGACGUUGUGCGAUCUGAACGAACUAACACGAUAGUUACCAGCGUCGCAUUGUCGUCAAUCCUGAAGAUUCUCAAUCUGCAGUUCUUCGAUCAGUCGACGCCGGGAGCGGCGGUGGGGAUUCACAUGGUGAUGGAUGCAGUGACGUCAUGUCGGUUCGAGGUCACUGACCUAGCGUCAGAGGAAGCCGUUCUUGUGAAGAUCCUUCAGGUUCUCUUGGAAACGGUUCGCAGCCCAGCAGGCCCGCUGCUGUCUGACCGCCACAUGUGCAGCAUCGUCAACACGUGCUUCCGAGUGCUCCACCAGGCCGCCUCCAAAUCCCACCUCCUGCAGCGCCUCGCCUGCCAAACGCUCCUCGACAUGGUCCGGGAGAUUUUUGGGCGGCUGCCCGAGCUGCCCGCGAGCGAGGAGGAUGGGGAGCUGGGCGAGGGCGAGGCGACGCAGGGGACGAUGGAUAGCACCCCGUUCUCGCCCAGGGUGGAGGCGAGGGAGGGCGGGAUGGAGGAAGGGAAGGACGGGGGGCUGGAGCUGGGGGGUGCAACGGUGGAGGAAGCGGAGGGAGGGGAGGGCAGAGACGCCGUGAACGCCGAACAGGCUGAAGCAGCCCCCACGACAAUAGGAGCAGCAGGAGGGUUAACCACCAUGCCAACCACCGGCAGAGCGAGCAGCAGCAGCACUGGCAGCGAACCACACUCCAUCCCCACUGCCAACGGCCUCCCCCCCACCUCAGCCUCGGCAACCCCCAAACCUUCCCAUCCCACCGACCCUAAUGAACAGCCUCGGGGACAGGGGAACGUCAGCAGAGGCGAGGCCGGCGAGGAGGGGGAGGAGGAAGACGGGGAGCGAGCAGGCAGCAACCCUAACAAUGCCUCUCUGGCGUCCCUGGGUCGGCCCCAUGGGGUGGCAUGUGCAGUGGAGGUCUUCCACUUCCUCUGCUCGCUGCUUGGUCUAGAGGACCACCAGUCGGCUCUCUUCGCCUCGGGCAUGCUAGCAGAUGACGAUGUGUCGCUGCUGGCGCUCAGCCUUAUCUCAGCUGCUCUGGAGCUCGCUGGCCCCUCGGUUGUGAGGCACCCGCGGCUGCUGUCGCUCAUUCAGGACGAGCUCUUCCGCUCGCUGCUGCAGCUGGGGCUCUCCCCCAACCUCCUUGUCCUCUCGCAGGUCCUGGCCAUAGUGCAAACGCUGUUCCACUCCGCUCGCCCCCACCUCAAGCUGCAGCUAGAGGCCUUCUACACCUGCGUCCUCGGCCGUCUUGUCGGCACAGCCGGAAAGUUCACAGCCACGUCCUUCGCCCAGCAGGAAGCUGCCCUGGAAGCCCUCCUAGACUUCUGCCGCCUGCCCGAGUUCGCCGUGGAAACUUUUGCCAACUUUGACGCGGACCUGACGUGUGCGAAUUGCCUGGAGGAGCUCUCGGGGUUGCUGUCCCGGGCAGCUUUCCCAGUGAACACACCGCUCUCGUCGCUCCACGUGCUGGCGAUGCAGGGGCUGCUGGCGGUGGUGCACCAUAUGGCGGAUCGGGCAAAUACCGCCGCUGCUGCUGCUGCUGCUGCUGCUGCUGCUGGCUCUGCUGCUACCGCUGGUGUUGCUGCUAGUGCUGGUGCUGGUGCUGGUGUUGCGGCGCCAAACCCAUUGCUGCUGCCAGGUUCGGCAGUGCCGGCAGCGCCAGAGCUGAAGAUAGCCUCGGAGAACGGAGCCAUGUGGACGCAGGCUCGGGAGAUGGUUGCUGCUGCGUUAGCUGCUGCUGCUAUUGCUGGGGCAGGCGAGGGGGCGACAGGCAUGCUAGUGGACGUGUCAGCAUCUGCAGACGGAUUUCAGCGGCAGAUUCCUUCUCAGCAGCAGCAGCAGCAGCAAGCAGGCCAGAAUCAGAACCAGCAGCAGCAGCAGCUGUUGCUAGUGGAGGUGGUGCGGCAGCAGAGGUCGAUCAAGCGACGGCUCCUCAUCGGCGUGGAGCAUUUCAACCGGGACUCCAAGAAAGGCCUCCAGUUCCUCCAAUCCUCGGGCCUCCUCCCCCCCCAUCCCGACGCCCGCGCCGUCGCCUGCUUCCUCCGCUUCACACCGGGACUUAACAAAACUCUGGUGGGGGACCUGCUGGGGGGGCAUGACGAGUUCCACGUCCGCGUUUUAGGGGAAUUCGCUAAGCUGUUUGACUUUGAGGGGAUGGCGCUGGAUGCGGCGCUGAGGACGUUCUUAGAGGGGUUCCGGCUGCCUGGGGAAGCGCAGAAGAUCUCGCGGGUGCUGGAGGCGUUUGCGGAGCGGUACUAUGAGCUGGCGCCCGCGGCUUAUGGGUUUGCCAACCAUGACGUGGCGUAUGUGCUGUCGUACUCUGUCAUCAUGCUCAACACGGACCUCUAUAACGGACAGGUGCGGCGCAAGAUGACAGAGGAAGAGUUUAUCCGCAACAACAGGAAAAUCAAUGAUGGCAAGGACCUCCCUAGGGAGCUCCUCUCAGACUUGUAUCACGCCAUCGCACGCAACGAGAUCAAGAUGUCCUCCGACGUCUCCCUCUCCUCCUCCUCCGCCUCCGCCUUCCCCGAGAUGAAUCUCAGCCGCUGGCUCGGGCUCAUCCGACGGUCGCCAACUGCUGUGCCGUACAUUCUCGCUGCCAGUGCUGAGCCUGAUCUUUUCUCUUCUGCUGCUGCUGCUGAUGGUUUUGGUAUUGGUUCUGGUGCCGGUGCUCCUGCUGGUGCUGGUAGUGGUGCAAGUGGUGCUGGAGAUGGGGAGGGAGGAGCAGACGGGAGGAGUGCAGCUGGCAUAGGCGAGAGGGCCAGCACCGAGUCUCUCUCAAACUCCUCAGCCCAUGUCGCCAUCGAUCAAUCUCUCGACCCUGCCACUCCCGCAUUCCUCGCUUCAGAAUCCCUCCCCCCUGCCCCCCCUCUCUUACAGUCCUCCUCCCCCCGCGCCCCUCCCCCCCAUCCAAGCACCUCUCCACGCUCUCCCCGCCUCUCUCCAACCUCUCCCUCCCCCCCUCCUCCUCCUCCCUCUUCCUGCUUCAACUAGACAGGGACGUGUUUGCAGUGGUGGCAGGCCCAGCCAUAGCCGCCAUAUCCGUUGUCUUCGACCACACAGAAGACGACGAGAUGCUGCUCCGCUGCUGCACCGACGGGUUUUCCGCCGCUGCUGACGUGGCGGCUUUUCACGGGUUCUCGGGCGCGCUGGACGAUCUAGUGGUCUCCCUCUGCCGCUGCACCACGCUCCGAUUGAACCCCUCCGGAUCGCUGCCAAGUGGCGCAGAUCUAGUGGACAACGCAGCUGCAGUGGCGUUUGGAGAGGAUACCAAAGCCAGGCUUGCUGCGGUGACUGUGUUUGGUUUG